AUGCGGCGCUACAGCGGAAAGGUAGAAGGAGGAGAAGAGAAGACCAACUUCAACUUCAGCGGGAGCGGCUUCCUGCUCACCUUCCAUGCCGGCGCCGCCGACGUCUUCCUCAAGAGGGGCAUAAUCAAAGAGUCUUCGACGUUCUCAGGAGCGUCAGGAGGCGCCAUCAUCUCGGCGGCGCUGGCGACAGGGAUCAGCCCCGACACUAUCAUCUCCACCACCUUGGAAAUCUCUGCAAUCUGCCGACAGAAGGGAACAGUGACCAAGGUCGGCAAGCUCCUUGAGGAGCACUUGCGGAAGAUGUUCAAACCUGGAGACGAAAAUCUCUGCUCAGGCAGAGUUGCCUUGGCUGUCUCACGAGUCAAACCUCGUCCCUUCCUCAGCCCGGUGAUGGUCAGGAGCUUUCAUGACAGGGAUCAUCUCAUCAGCACCAUCAUGGCGUCUUGCUUCAUCCCUGGGUAUCUGAGCCCUCACGCUACGUUUCGUAUGGACAAGGACCGAUACAUCGACGGGGCGCUUGUCAAUAUUCUGCCUCCCAUCCGAAGCAGCGUCAAUGUCCUCUGCUUCAAGAAGAGAUGGGUUUCUUUCAUGGUGCCCAACACGUGCGAUAUGACUUCGCUGAUCAGCCCUGAUAUCAUUCCCAACUUUCCCUACAAAUUGCCACAGAUGGUCAAGUUCGCAUUGUUUCCUGCUACCGACGAGGAGGUUUUCCGGAUGUUUCAGCUGGGACAGCAGGCAGCUGAACUCUGGCUGGACAGACGUUCUGAAUCCAAGAAGUAG